GUAUUUACCCCGUAUACACGUUGUUUUUAUUCCCGGAACACUUAUAAUGGACUGAUAUGAAAUUACUAACUCCAAUGUUUGUCAGCUGACAAAUUGCAACUAAUAAGAAACCACAAUGUCAAACUCUCAACACAAAUUCUGUAACAACAUCAGUUUUAAGUCAGAGAUAACCGAUUCGAACUAUGAGGAGGUACCUUCAGAAAGUCGUUCAACAGAGUACGAUGAAAUAACAUUAGUGUUUAAGGAAGAUCCUUCCAAAGAUGUCAACAUUAAACUACCCAAUAUUCCACCAAGACGAGCAGAUAUUCAUAGUCGUCAAACAAUUCAAAUCUCAUCUUGGUUGUUAGCUCUUAUCAUUAUGUUUUCUUUGAUUGCAAUAAUUCUAACAGGUGUAGUUACAUUCUUCACAGCAAAGAAAAUAUUACCAGAAACACAGUUUCUAGAUGCAGAUAAAACAGAUUGUUCCUGGUCAUUCUGGAGCUCUUGGUCCAAAUGCAGUAUUACUUGUGGCAACGGAGUACAAGUCAGAAUAAGGCAACAAAUGAAUACUACAAUGCUAUGUAGUUACAAUGAAACAUUUGACAGUAAGACAUGUUCCAGAAGCGCAUGUGCAGGGUUCAAUUUUAGUGACUGUCAAUCGGCAGAAUCGUUAACAACAAACUGUGUUGAACAGUGUUCGAGCAACAGUGAUUGUAUGGGACAAAUGAAAUGUUGUUAUAACGGGUGUGGUCAUACAUGUGAGAUAUCUAGAAAUGGGUUCAAUUUUAGUGACUGUCAAUCGCCAGAAUCGUUAACAAGAAGCUGUGUUGAACAGUGCUCGAGCAACAGUGAUUGUAUGGAACAAAAGAAAUGUUGUUUUAACGGAUGUGGUCAUACAUGUGAGAUAUCUAGAACAUCGACCAACGUUAGUGAAUGUCCAUCGGCAGGUUUGUUAAUAGCAAGAUGUGUUGAACAGUGUUCUAGCAACAGUGAUUGUAGGGGACAAGCGAAAUGUUGUUAUAAUGGGUGUGGUCAUACAUGUGAGGUAUUUGGAACAUGAUGUGAAGAUGUAUGGGAAAAUUGCAACAUGCACGGCAUAUAUGAUUUAUGCAAUAAACUAUCCUCCCAAGUAUUGUCCAACAAGAAGCGUAUUGUGUAAAUAGUUGAAUUGUUUUAAUUGAACACUAAACAUGUUGAAUCAAUUUAAUAAAAUUCGUUAUAGUGAACUCCUCUAAAUGAAUCAUGCUCCAAGAUGUGACUGCUUUGAUACAUGUACGUCAUUUCCAAACGAAAAUUCUUUUUAAUAAUUUAACAUCUGUAUUAUCUUUGCACACACUUUAGGUCAAUAGAAUUACCAUUCAAUAUCUAAACAUUACACAUUGGAUAAUAGCAAUGACAAAAUUUAAAGAAAAUAAUAAAACAACAAAGGUUUUAAUAAAAUCUAAAUUUAGACAGUGCGAAAAAAUAAUAACUGCUUCAGAGAUAAAAUGAUUAAAAGUAUCCAUCAACAACAAAAUAGGGAAAUAAUUAGCUAGACCUUUAAAAAGUACGAGUACAAAGGACAACAUAAUCAAAUAACUAUACUAGUACCCAAAAUUAAGCAUUAACAUAACUAGUUUGUUCACAGGUAAUAUUGCUUCUUUUUAUAAACAGAAUUUUCUCUUA